UGGCAAUGCUGCAAUUUUUUCACUAGCAACCCUGCACAUAAGCUAUCCAAAAGAAGUUUCGCGAUAUCAAAUUGCCGACAUUUUAGAGAAAAUAAUUAUUCCAAAAAUAUUAAAAAGCAUCGGAAAAGUAAGAAGUACAUUGCUAUAGUGCAAAUUAUACGAUUUUCAAAGCAGUCGAAUCAGUAAUAACCCUACCAAUUGUAUUUUGCGAUACUUGGAAAGAUUAAACAAAGCGACGUAAAAUAUGGCUUUACCCAAUUUAUCACACGCCGACUUGGAAAAGUUGAAAAUUUUCAUAAAUUUUGUAUCUGAGAAUCCAACUGUGCUUAAUUUGCCGCAGCUGCAGUUUGUAAAGGAAUUUGUUGAAAAAUUUGGAGGCAAAGUGCCCCCAGGGGAAUUUAAGAUGCCUACUGGAGCCGCUGGAGGAAAAUGUCCAUUUGGCGGAGACGCUGGGACAGCAAGUGAUGGUGCUAGUGGUAUGAACGUCGAUGAAUCGGAAGAGUCGGAUGUGGAAGAAUCUGAACCAGAAUCUGAGGUUGAGCUGAAUAUGGAAGCUAAAACAAAAACUAAGCGGAAAAGGCAGAAAAAGGAAUUGGAUUGGACACCGCCCACAACUUCUUAUGAAAAUUUCAUCAACACAAAUACAGUUUACAUGGGUGACACUAAAGAAGCUAAAAAGGCACAAAAGAGUAUAAAAACUGAGCAUGAGCAUUCUGCUGAAUCUGAUAUGGAUCAGGAUGACAAGGAAGAAUAUGAAUGUCCUGUAGAGGCUGUGUAUGGCACUGACGCAGAAGAUGACAAUAUUGAUGAGGAUCCUAUUAAAACUAAUAUCGCAUCGGUUGCCAUGAAAUGUGAAAUCGAUAGCGAUGUCGACAACGAUGUUGACAACGAUAUUCAGGACGAAAAUUACAAAGAGGAUGACAAUGACAAGGGCUCAGAGAGUAGUGAUUCUGAUGUCGUCGCUCCAGUACGAAGGCAAACACGAAGUAGCAGAAGAAUCGCACGCGCAAAGAAAGGAAAGCGUGGACGCAAAAAUCGCAAAAUUCUUAGUGAAUAUGAGCCUAGAAAGAAAAUUCGAAGACCCAGACCAGCAAAUUGUCUUGAAAAAUGCAAAAAACAGUGCGCUAAAAUUGAUCAAGAACAACGUAUGAAAUUGUGCAAAGAAUUCUGGGCACUUGAUUUUGUAGAGCGCAAGAAUCAUUUGUUAACUUGUGUACAGCGUAUGCCACUUGGUAAGAUGCGUAUUAUAAACAGAGUUAAAGAAUCACGGCAACACACAAAUCAUUACUUCUUGACUACUAGUAGUGGUGAGCGUGUAAGGGUGUGUUUAAGUUUCUUCCUGAAAACACUUGUAAUUAGUAAUUUUCUGGUAAAAAGCGCGCUGGAGAAUACCGAUGACCAAGGUAAAUUUACUGGAAUAGAUUUACGUGGAGGCAGCGGUGAGGGGAGACGCUUGAAAACUGAAAUGGCAAAACAACGGAGACAAAAUUCAGGCGAUGUUGGCAAUUCUUCUAAAAACUCUAUCAGUGAGUCAACAGAUGAACAGAAGUCGCCGUCUAACAUGGAAGAUGACUUAAGUAAACCAGAAGUACUAGAUGUUAAAAAUUUGGAGACACUUAAGCCAAUUGAACGUGAGGAACCAACUAAUCUAAGUGAACCUGAAGAACAGGCUAAGCCAACUGAACCUGUGGAACUAACACUAGCAAAGCCAGUAGAAACUGCGGCUGCGGAAUUUUCAGCACUCACAAUUGAUGCAAAUAAAACAAUGGAGGAUUUGGCAACUCCACCGACUCGACCGAAACCACCAGGCAGAAAACCAAAAUCUGAAAAUAGUACUCCCAGGAGAAGAAGAUCCGAACAGAGAAUACGUGUACCACAGCCAGUGAAUUGUGCUGAAAUAUGCCGCUUUAAAUGCCACACUAAAUUUACCGAAGAGCAACGUGUGCAGUUGUGCGCGGCUUUCUGGCGCUUGGGUUACAAAAGGCGCAAAGAUUUCGUUUUGUCACGCGUGGAAGUGCAUGAGAAUACAACUACAACAGCUGCGGAGUAUCGCAAAUCGAAUCGAGUGCGCACUUUCACCAAUCGCUAUUUCCUACGUGGCCAACGUGGUGAAAAUGUACGUGUCUGCUCACGUUUCUUCUUUGCAACACUUUGUGUCGGAAACCAUUUCUUGGCUAAUGCACAGAAGAAUGUUGACAAACAGACAGGUGCAUAUGCAGGCGAAGAUAUGCGCGGACGUGCUACACCGAAAAAUAAAAUACCCUUGGAACUUGUGCGCGAUGUACACCAACAUAUUAACAGCUAUCCGACUUGGGUGCCUUGCAAAAGCUACAAGACACGUUAUCUGCACAGUUCAUUGAACAUCGUUAAAAUGUAUGGUGAAUAUAAAGAAGAAAUGGAACGUCUUAAUAAGCCCGCAGUCAGUGGAAGUUUCUUCCGGAGAAUAUUUCAUAAAGAUUUCAAAUUGGCUUUUCUGCAAGCUAAAUCUAAGCAUGCGCAUAAAGUCAGCGCACAGAGGAGUAACAGUAGCGCACCUAGUGCUGUAAUUGCUACUAGUAGUACUUGCGCGAAGGUAGAUGACCCAGUGGUGAUUAGUAGCAACAUAACUAUUACCACAGCCACAGGCCCAUCAUUGGGCAAAAAAACGAAUCCAAACAUUUCCGAUUUCACCGGUGAAGAAGGGGGCUUCUGGACGCAGCUAACGCCAAAUGCAACUGAAACUAUGAAAUUUCUGCAACAGCGGUAUGCACCUCAGGCGGCAACUGCGGUGAUUAUGCAGCCCCUAUAUAUUCAUCAGCAGCAGCAGCAGCAGCAGCAACAGCAACUCCAACAACAACAGCUACAGCAACAGCUUCAACAACAACAAGUUGCACCGGCCCCACAACCAGCAACUUUGCCUGCAGCUGCCUACCAUUUGCCGCAAGCCAUCAGCUAUGUGCAUCAGCCACACAUUAUGAAUGCCGGUUAUGAAAGCGAAGAACGCGCACAAAAUUUCCAUAUGCUCUAAAUGAUUUUCAUUCGCUGCACUUUUUAGUUGAUAGUAAGAAGUAGUAUAUUUAACAUUAAGUAUGGAUUAAUCUAUUUACGCCUAUUCGUAUACAAAAUAAAGUACACAAAACUAAAAUCC